CACCACCACGACCACCACCACCACUUCCCAUCAUCGUCAUCAUCAGGAGCACUACCAUCACCGCUGUUGUUGUCAUUGUCUUGGUGAUGGUGGUUAUGAUGUGGUUAGGGAGUUGAAUUUGCAUGUUUUUUUAGUUUCUCUUUUUUUAUCUGUAUUUCUUGAUUUUUUCUUGUUUAUUUCGUUAUAUUUUUCUUCCUCUCCUCCUAUAUUUCUUUUUUCAAUCUUCUUUGUUUUUUUAUCUUUCUCUCCUAAUCUCUCUUCUUUCUUCUCAUUUAAUUCCCUAUCUUUUUUCUCUUUAACUAUAUAUCUUUCCCUUUUUCUUGCUUGUUCUUUUCUUUACUUUUUUUGUUUCUUGCUUCCCUAUUUUCUUUGUCGUUGUGUUUCUUUCAAUCAAGUAUUUUCUACUUAUCUACUUAUCAUUUAAUAUAAGCUUGCAACA